UUACUCUGCUAAUUUUGGGGCGAUCCGCGUCUCAAAAGCGUUGUUGCUUGUUAAAUAAGUUCGCUAUUUGGUCUCAAUCACGCGACACGCUGCUAAUUUUUGGGCGAUCACGCGUCACGCAAAAACCCUUUGCCACCCUCUGAGGUAAGACUUGGCAAAACUAGCAUUCAUUCCUCUGCACGUAUUGUGUGCCUGCUAGAUUUUCAGAACCCACCAUUUUGAAAAGUGGAGAGGACCCUGGGGACCAGGGCGGAAAAAGCGCCCUGUUCGGGGGAACCCUUGGGAACAAGGUUGCCCGGCGUGGUUUUGAAUAUCGUCGCGGUUCAAGGAUUUCUGGAGAGUUUUGAUCAGCUGAGCUGAAGGGGAUUAAUUUCCUCAUUGCGGAAAAUGGACGAGCUCAAGACGGACGAGGUGAACGAGAAGACUUCGACCGUUAAGAAGCGAGUAAAGUCGGCAAAGACAGAUGUUGACGACGGUAAAGAGACUGGUGACGAAGCACGAAAUCCGCUGACAAAAACUGUGGACUGCAAUGACGGAGGGAAUCGUCGAGUGGACUAUGGACUCCUUGCCUUUCUAAAAGCUUUCUUUCUAUCCGUUUUGAACAUGAUUUCUGUAGGAAUUCACGUAGUGAGGAGAUUGCCACAAUCGUUUUCUAAAAUUGCCGUUGGAAAGGGUUUCCAAGCCAAGAGCAUUCGGUCAAGCCACGAGGGUUUAAAGAGUGCUCGACCCUUUUCGUGUUCUGCGGCCCGGUUAGAUCCACAGAGACUGCGAGAAGAAUGGGGAAGUCCAUCCUUCGAUGUGGCGCAGAUGACGCACUUGCUAGAUCAUGACAACCACGAGAAGAGAGCGAAGUUUCGAAAAAUCUUAACAGAGGAUCCCCUCAUGACCCCAAAGUACAACAUCUCUAUUGAUGAAGAGAGAGACUUGGCACUGAAGAGAUUAAAGACACUUUGCGACCAAGGCUUUAUUUCGGUGUUGGACUUCAAGAAUAAUCCACUGUGGAUUUUCGCUGCUCAUGAGCUGGCAGCUAUGGUAGAUGCUGCCAUGGCCACAAAGAUGACAGUCCAGUUCAACUUGUUUGGUGGCACUGUCUUGAAACUGGGAACAGAGAGACACCAUAACAAGCUACUACAGGGUAUUGACUCGCUGGAGGAUGUGGGAUGCUUUGGUCUGACAGAACUAGGCUAUGGUAACAAUGCGGUGCAGAUGGAAACAACUGCGACGUAUGACAAGGAAACCAAGGAAUUUAUCAUCAAUACUCCAAACCCCAUGGCACAGAAAUAUUGGAUCACAAAUGGUGCUUGUCAUGCUCACCACAUCAUUGUAUUUUCUCAGCUUUACAUUGAUGGUGUUAAUCAAGGUAUCCAUGGUGUAUUGGUUCCAAUUCGAGACAAGAACCUUGAUGUGAUGCCAGGGGUCCAGAUUCAUGACAUGGGACACAAAAUGGGCCUGAAUGGAGUCGACAAUGCCAAGUUUUUCUUUGACAAUGUGCGUGUGCCUAGAGAAAACCUGCUCAACCUGUAUUCUGAUGUUGCUGAAGAUGGAACCUACAGUACAAAUGUCGAGGGUAGCAUUAGGAAGCGUUUCCUCACAGUGGCUGAUCAACUUCUCGCUGGCCGUCUGUGUAUAGCAAGCAUGUCCCAAGGUGCAGCUAAAGAAUGUCUUGCUAUUGCCCUUCGCUACUCUGCUACUCGUUUGACUGUAGGACCUGAUGGGAAAUCUGAUACUCCCAUUCUCAAGUACCAGCUCCAACAAAAUGCUCUGAUGCCACUGCUAGCAGCCACUUAUGCCAUUGACUUUGCACUGCAGUAUGUCAAAGAUUGCUGGGCUUUUCAGGCAGCAGAUGGAUCUGAGCAUGCAGACGUGGUGACCAUGUGUUGUGUUAUCAAGGCCAUUUCUGGCUGGCAUGUGGGUGAAACAGCUGCCAUUUGUCGCGAGAGGUGUGGCGGGCAAGGUUAUCUGUCAUGCAACAAGUUUGGUAGUGGCAUUGCUGGUUCACAUUCCUCGAUGACAGCUGAAGGUGACAACUCAGUUCUUAUGCAGAAGGUCGCUACGGAAAGACUGAUGGCACUCAAGCCAUCAAUGCUUCAAGUUGCAGCAAGUUAUGUCCCAAGUUUUGUGUAUCGCAUGUUCAGCUGGGCAGACCUGAACGACCGGAAGUACCUGCACGCCCUAUUGGAGUCACGUGAGAAAGACCUGUUUAUGGCACUGGGGAUGAAAAUGAUGAAAGCCGGGAAGGAGGGAAGGUUUGACACCUGGAUGUACCAGGAGCAGGAUCUUGUCCAGGCAGCUGCUCAUGCAUAUGGUGAGCGGCUUAUCAGUGAAUCCUUUGGUAAAGCCCUUGAUAAAGCUGAUGGCAGUCUACAGCCAGUUCUGAAGAAACUUCAUCAUCUCUAUCAGAUGACAGUCGUUAAAAAGGAUCUUGGCUACUUCACCACCUCAGGGCUGAUGUCCACAGGCACUGGUGCAAAAGUGGGAAAGGUGACUGCUGACCUGUGUCGAGAUGUGGCACCACAGGCUCUUGCCCUUUCUGAUGCUUUUGGUAUUACUGAUGGGAUGUUAAAUGCCCCAAUUGCAAGAGACUGGGUCAAGUUUAACACAGUUGAUAACAAAGGAGAAGUUGAGGGUUUGAAGUUUUGAUCAGUGCCUGCUAAUUGACAGUUAAACUGCCAUUGAACUUUAAUUAUGAGAUCUUAAAAAGGAAUGGUUGGUGUUAAUCAGGGUAAAGACCUGUAAAUCUCAUUUUCAUAGUAGUGGAAUCAAGAUUUUUCAAACCCCCGAGGGAAGUGAAAAUUGGUUCACGAAAAUUCAGGAAAUCAUGAAAACAGAAGUCUGAAUUAUAGUGAAACAAAUCCAAGGGAUACGAAUUAUUGGUCAAGUUAAAGUUAUCAGGAGUUUGAGAAUCAAGGUUUCAGAAAUUGAGAGUCCACUGAAGAAUGGACGCAAGAACUUAUAGAAGACCAUUUUGACAAUUUUGGGAUUGUCUCUGUCAUUGCUUCGUUUGUGGGUACAGGUUUUGGGACAUUCUAAUUUUUGAACUAUUUCUUGAACUAUUUUCUUAAGUGUUUGCAUUGCUGUACUUCUUCUCUCAAAAAUAAUGUUUUCCCAUUUGCAGAGUAAGGUCAAUCAGAACCCAUCACUGAUCAGAAUAUGAUUUCUGUCCAUCAACACAUAUUACAUACAUAAACAAACAAACAAUCAAAUAAACAAACUUGGAAUAACAUUUGCAUUUGACAAUAAAUGCUAACGUUUCAAGCGAUGAUGUGCACCAGGAAUACUUAAAAAAAAGUACAAAAUAUUCUGAAGCCUAAGGAUAAACUGAACACUGUGCAACCUUCACACCUUUAUUAGGAGUGGUUUCAACUUUGUUUAUUAUAGAGAACGGAAAGAACAGUAUCAAAAGAAAAACAGACCUCUCAGGGACUGGACUCAAACAAUUCCAUACUGAUGACAUAACACUACAGAGAUCUCCGAUUGGUUGUUCCUCGAUUUUGAAUUUUGGCACGCAAGUAACAACCAAUCAGAUUCUACACUGAUCUUUAUCGAGCUUCGUCAUCAGUGCGGACCCUUUUGCGUUGAAUGUUAGUUUAACCUCCUGAGUGGAUGUUCACGUCACGUUGAUUCAAGUAAUCCAUUAAAUGUAAAAUAAUACAAUCAUGGUUGAAUAUAUGGUGCAUUUAUUUAAUUUAAGAUUCUAAGAAUUGGAUGUUAUUUUAUCACUCUGUGAUGAACACUUAUUAAGUUGAACCGUUUCUAGCAUCAUGACCUAUACAUGCUAUUAUUUAUUGGUAUUGUGAGGAGAAAUUUGCAGUUGAUCGCUCUAAAGACCUAAAAUAAACGAACGUUUUAAACGAA